UUGGCUUCUGAGAAAGUCGAUGAAUUUUCCGAGAAAACCCACUUCUGUUUUCCCCCUCCCUCUCUUUCUCUGUCUCUUCUCUGAAGCUUAACAUGGAGCUUGUUCAUCAGAACAGUGGUGUGGUCUACAAAAAUGCAUACAGGGAAUGCCUCGGCGACUUAGUGUUGGGUUUCGGAUCAAAUGUACUGACUGUUCUUAUGAUUCUGAUACUUGCAAUUAUGAGAAGAAGCCACGAAUGCAACAGAAGGAAAAACUCCAUCGAGAAUGUUUUCUUGUACGUUAUAUCUGGACUGGGAGCAUGUUUGUCAUGUGUGGAAUUGGUAGUGCUCGCUAGGAAAAAGUUUAAGCGAGACAUUGUUCUGUACCAUGAGUGGUUUCUCCCGUUGUCUUGGUUCACAAUGUGGAUCGAAGUCAUAGUCUUGUCAAAGUUUGCUUGCAUUUGCUGUAUUUUCUGCAGUCGGAUCCUAAGUUUCUGGUGGAUUAUAAAGAUCCUUACAGAAGUGCUAUAUUUGAAGAUUGUUUUUACUUCACUGGAGUAUUUGGACUGCAUCACAGAGAGUUCCUUCAUCGUGUUGGACAUUGCAUUUGGCAUCUAUAUCAACAUACUUAGGAUCAAAAAGGCACCCCCAAAGUUCAGCUCAUUGGAAGAUCCUCUUCUGCUGGUGGAUAAUGAUAUCGAGGAGAAUGCCCACAGGGACACUGGAAAUACCGGGGGCAGGUUGGAUAUGCUCACUUUUGGAUACAUUACUUCAGUAAUGAAACAUGGAUCAGCCAAGCAGCUUGAGUUUGAAGAUCUACUUCCAUUACCCGUUGAUAUGGAUCCUUCUGUCUGUUGUGAGAAUUUACAACAGUGUUGGGAGGUUCAACAAUGUAAUAACUGUUCGAAUCCUUCACUAAUCUGGGCAAUUUGUUGUGUAUAUGGAUGGCCAUACUUUCGUCUCGGUAUGCUGAAGGUGUUCAAUGACUGUAUAGGCUUUGCAGGGCCCUUACUUCUGAAUAAACUGAUCCGGUAUUUAGAACAAGGUUCAGGGAGCUCUGGUGGUUAUUUCCUAGCCAUUGUUUUGGGCCUCACAUCUAUCUUCAAGUCUUUUCUUGAUACACAGUACACGUUCCAUCUCUCGAAACUUAAACUGAAGCUACGAUCUAGUAUCAUGACUAUCAUAUACAGGAAGUGUUUGCGGGUGAGCACUGCCGAUCGAUCAGGAUUUUCUCAGGGCGAGAUUCAAACGUUUAUGUCAGUAGAUGCUGACCGGAUUGUCAACUUGUGCAACAGUUUGCAUGAUGCGUGGAGUCUGCCUUUGCAAAUCGGCGUGGCUUUGUAUCUUUUGUAUACUCAAGUCAAGUUUGCUUUUCUCUCUGGUCUGGCAAUAACCGUCUUGCUGAUACCAGUCAGUAAAUGGAUUUCUGAAUUGAUUGCACGUGCAACAGAGAAAAUGAUAAAGCUAAAGGAUGAAAGGAUUAGAAAGACAGGGGAGCUUCUGACUAACAUUCGCACUUUAAAGAUGUACGGAUGGGACAACCUUUUCGCCGAUUGGUUGAAGGAGACAAGAGUCAUGGAAGUGACCCACCUGGCGACGCGCAAGUAUUUGGAUGCAUGGUGUGUUUUCUUUUGGGCCACUACACCAACUCUGUUUUCUCUCUGCACCUUUGGCCUCUUCACAUUGAUGGGUCAUCAACUUGAUGCAGCAACGGUUUUCACUUGUCUUGCUUUGUUUAAUAGCCUGAUAUCUCCUUUAAAUUCGUUUCCAUGGGUCAUCAAUGGCUUGAUUGAUGCUUUCAUUUCUACCAGGCGGGUGAGUAGGUUUCUGCAUUGUUUGGAACACAAAAUAGAUCUUUCAGAUGAUUCUGGUCUUAUCUCUGAAGACACAACUGUGUUCGUUGGCGAUGCAUCUUGUACUUGGUCAAGUAACAUUGAAGAGGAACAGAACUUGACCAUAAAAGAUGUUAGCCUACGAGUACCGAAGGGGUCAUUUGUUGCUGUAAUUGGAGAGGUUGGUUCGGGUAAAACAUCAUUACUAAAUUCGCUAUUAGGCGAAAUGCGACGCGUUCAUGGAUCUCUACUAUUAAACGGGUCUGUGGCAUAUGUACCACAGGUGCCUUGGAUUUUAUCCGGAACUGUGCGCGAAAAUAUUUUGUUUGGGAAGACUUUUGACUCAGAAAGAUACUUUGACACUUUGAGGGCUUGUGCACUGGAUGUUGAUAUUUCACUUAUGGUUGGAGGCGACAUGGCCUAUAUAGGGGAUAAAGGGAUGAACUUAUCUGGUGGACAGAGAGCUCGGCUUGCUUUGGCAAGGGCUAUUUAUCAUGGUUCAGAUAUAUACUUGCUUGAUGACGUACUCAGUGCGGUAGAUGCACAAGUUGGCCGUUGGAUUUUGCAUAACGCUCUUUUGGGUCCUCUAGUGAACGAAAAAACUCGCAUAAUCUGCACUCAUAACAUUCAGGUGAUAUCUUCGGCAACUAUGAUUGUUGUAAUGGAGAGAGGCAAAGUGAAAUGGUCAGGAAGUCCCGGUGAUAUGCCCGGUUCCAUAUGUCCAAUAAAUUCUUCAUCAAAUGAAUUUGAUAUGUCACCUAAUGUAAAAGGUUCAGCUUGUGAGCCGAUGCACUUUGCUAAAACAGAAGAAUCUCUUUCAGCCGGUAAAGAUGAUGUAAAUCCCAUGACUGAAGCUCAAGAGAUUGUCGAAGUCGAGGAGAGAAAGGAGGGCAGAGUCGACCCGAUGGUUUACAAAAACUAUGCUGCAUUUUCUGGUUGGUUCAUUACGGUUGUAAUAUUUGUUUCUGCAAUUUUAAUGCAAGCUUCUCGCAAUGGGAAUGACUUGUGGCUGUCAUUUUGGGUGGAUAAGACUGGGAAGCGGCUAACACAUUACUCCACGUCUUUUUAUCUGGUAGUUCUCUGCAUAUUUUGCUUCAGUAAUUCAUUGUUAACCUUGGUGAGGGCAUUCUCAUUUGCAUUUGGAGGAUUACGAGCAGCGGUUCAAGUGCACAGUACCUUAAUCUGUAAGCUUAUAAAUGCGCCAAUUCAGUUCUUUGAUCAGACACCAAGUGGAAGGAUACUCAACAGGUUCUCUUCUGAUCUAUAUACAAUUGAUGACUCUCUUCCAUUUAUUCUCAACAUCCUUCUGGCAAAUUUUGUUGGCUUGUUAGGGAUCGCUGUAGUUUUGUCAUACGUUCAGGUCCUAUUCUUGCUUCUCCUUCUGCCCUUUUGGUAUAUAUACAGCAAACUCCAGUUCUUCUAUAGGUCAACAUCAAGGGAACUACGAAGGCUGGACAGUGUUUCACGGUCGCCGAUAUAUGCUUCCUUCACGGAGACACUUGACGGGUCGUCAACUAUCAGGGCUUUUAAGUCUGAGGAAUAUUUCUUGCCUAGAUUUAUUGGGCAUGUAACGUUAUACCAGCGGACUUCUUACUCAGAGACAAUUGCAAGCCUUUGGCUUUCUUUGCGCCUUCAGCUGUUAGGAGCAUCUAUUGUCUCAUUUGUUGCUGUAAUGGCUGUUGUUGGGUCUCAAGGCAAAUCUCCAAUCAGUUUUGGUACCCCAGGAUUGGUGGGAUUGGCACUCUCAUAUGCAGCUCCAGUGGUUUCUCUUCUAGGAAGCUUCUUGACAAGUUUCACUGAAACAGAGAAGGAAAUGGUUUCUGUUGAAAGAGUUCUUCAGUACAUGGAUGUGCCUCAAGAAGAAAUUUCGGGUCACCAAUCUCUCAGCCAUGAUUGGCCAUUUGAAGGGACGGUUGAGUUUCACGAUGUUUCUAUGAGAUAUAUGCCAUCUUUGCCCCCAGCUCUUAACGGUAUAUCUUUUACAAUCCGAGGAGGAAUGCAGGUUGGAAUAAUUGGAAGAACAGGAGCGGGAAAAUCUUCUAUAUUGAAUGCCCUUUUCCGGCUUACUCCUAUUUGUAAAGGACUGAUAACGGUGGAUGGUUUUAACAUAAACCAUCUUCCAAUUCGAGAGCUUCGUUCUCGCUUGGCUGUUGUUCCUCAGAGCCCUUUCUUGUUUCAAGGAUCAUUAAGGGAUAAUCUUGAUCCUCUCGGAUUGAGCGAUGAUCUGAAAAUCUGGAAUAUUCUUGAGAAGUGCCAUGUGAAGCCAGAGGUCGAAGCUGCAGGAGGCUUAGAUACCGAUGUAAAGGAAUCUGGAUCUUCCUUUUCUGUCGGCCAGAGACAGCUUUUGUGCCUGGCCCGAGCUCUUCUCAAGUCAUCGAAGGUACUUUGUCUAGAUGAAUGCACAGCAAACAUCGAUAUUCAGACAGCGUCGGUGCUUCAUAGCACAAUAUCAAGUGAAUGCAAGGGAGUAACAGUAAUCACGAUCGCUCACCGCAUCUCGACGGUUAUGAAAAUGGAUAAUAUCCUUAUUCUCGACCGUGGAGCCCUAGUUGAACAAGGAAACCCUCAAGAUCUUCUGCAAGAUGAGUCCUCCGUCUUCUCAAGAUUUGCAAGAGCUUCCGCGAUGUGAUUUCUUACAUGACAACAUCCACUUGUCUAAGCUAUCUUAGGCAUCUGAGCUCUGGUUUUCAAACUUUUCAGUGUAACUUCUUUUUCAGUGUAUUGGCUCUAGAUUGGUUAUUGUGAAUCAAUCAAUGCCAUUAUUUUGGGGAACUGGUGAGUGAGUUAACCCAUAAAGUAAUUAGAAUUAGUAAAGUAACAUGUGUUUAAAAACUUUUGUAAAAUAAUGCUUUUGUAGUUUAAAAAGUCUAUUUUACUUUUGUGUUU